CGGCUCUGCGUCCCCGCCCCUCGGCGCAGUGGUUCCUCCUGCGGUUCCCCUGGGCUGGGCGGCGCGUAGUGCAGCCCGCAAAGUCGCUGCUGUGUCCCUGUCCUCUGGGCGGCCCAGCGCGCGGCUGCCACUCAGUCAUUGAGCCGGGGAAGGUGAGGCGAGAGGAGGCCAGCUCACCGGGCCUGAGCGGACAAAAGGCGGCCAGCGCGGGGAGGCUCGGCGGGCGCAGAGGUAGCGAUGGCCGGGCGCAGAGGCCGCGCGCUGCUGGCGCUGUGCGCGACACUGGCCGCCUGCGGGUGGCUCCUGGGCGCCGGAGCGCAGGAGCCGGGGACGCCCGCGGCGGGCAUGCGGCGGCGCCGGCGCCUGCAGCAGGAGGACGGCAUCUCCUUUGAGUACCAUCGCUACCCGGAGCUGCGCGAGGCGCUGGUGUCCGUGUGGCUGCAGUGUACCGCCAUCAGCAGGAUCUACACGGUGGGGCGCAGCUUCGAGGGCCGGGAACUCCUGGUCAUCGAGCUGUCUGACCACCCCGGGGUCCACGAGCCUGGCGAGCCUGAAUUUAAAUACAUCGGGAAUAUGCAUGGUAAUGAGGCAGUUGGACGAGAACUGCUCAUUUUCUUGGCCCAGUACCUGUGCAACGAGUACCAGAAGGGGAACGAGACAGUUGUCAAUCUUAUCCACAAUACCCGGAUUCACAUCAUGCCAUCCCUGAACCCCGAUGGCUUUGAGAAGGCAGCCUCUCAGCCUGGUGAACUUAAGGACUGGUUUGUGGGUCGAAGCAAUGCCCAAGGAAUUGAUCUGAACCGGAACUUUCCAGACCUGGAUAGGAUAGUUUAUGUUAAUGAGAAAGAAGGUGGUCCAAAUAAUCACCUGCUGAAAAAUCUGAAGAAAAUUGUGGACCAAAACACAAAGCUUGCUCCUGAGACCAAGGCUGUUAUCCAUUGGAUAAUGGAUAUUCCUUUUGUGCUCUCUGCCAAUCUCCAUGGAGGAGACCUAGUGGCCAAUUACCCAUACGACGAGACUCGGAGUGGUAGUGCUCAUGAAUACAGUUCCUGCCCAGAUGAUAACAUUUUCCAAAGCUUGGCUCGGGCUUACUCUUCUUUCAACCCUGCCAUGUCUGACCCCAACCGACCACCCUGUCGCAAGAAUGAUGAUGACAGCAGCUUUGUAGAUGGGACGACCAAUGGUGGCGCUUGGUACAGCGUGCCUGGUGGAAUGCAAGACUUCAAUUACCUGAGCAGCAACUGUUUUGAGAUCACUGUUGAGCUUAGCUGUGAAAAGUUCCCACCUGAAGAGACUCUGAAGAGCUACUGGGAGGACAACAAAAACUCCCUCAUUAGCUACCUUGAGCAGAUACACCGAGGAGUUAAAGGAUUUGUCCGAGACCUCCAAGGUAACCCGAUUGCCAACGCAACCAUCUCGGUGGAAGGAAUAGACCAUGAUGUCACAUCUGCAAAGGAUGGUGACUACUGGAGAUUGCUUGUACCUGGAAACUAUAAACUGACAGCCUCGGCUCCAGGCUAUCUGGCAAUCACAAAGAAAGUGGCAGUUCCUUACAGCCCUGCAGUUGGGGUUGAUUUUGAAUUGGAGUCAUUUUCUGAAAGGAAAGAAGAGGAGAAGGAAGAGCUGAUGGAGUGGUGGAAAAUGAUGUCAGAAACUUUAAAUUUUUAGGACGGCUUCUAAGUAGCUGCUUUUAAUAUAUCUCUGCAAUGUAGUAUGAUGUAAUGUGGCCAUUUUAUUUUAGAUUUUGUGCAAUUAAUAUUUAACAUUGAUUUAUUUUUUAAUCAGUAAUUAUUAAUCAAUGUUACUUAAACUAAAUAGACUUGUAAGUAAAAAUAUAAGAACUGGUCUAUUUCAUUCUCCUAGAUAGCACUUCCUUCCUACAUAUAUUACACAAAGGACUGUAGAAAAGAUUUCAGUAAUCCUGGCAUUUUAAUGCAUUAUUCCAGGUGUUAUUUACAAUGAAGAAUGUUUUGAGUAAUGCUGGAUUUUAAAAAAUGAGUGAGGUUCUUUUAAUGUAACUGGUGACAGUGUCACAUAAUGAAUGCCAUUGAAAAGGUCAACAGAUAUAACUUGGAGCUGUGAGCACCCUACUGCAAGAUUAAAUAGGAUGAAUUGUAUGAAUAAGUAUGAAUUGUCAUUUGUCUCUUGUGCUGACUAGCUAUAUAAGCAUGAUCCUGUUAAUCCAUUUCUGAUGGGAAGAAAAUGCACGUUUAGCAAAAGGUUUUAUGAACAGAAUGAAAGUUGACUUCUUGUUUGUGCUUACCAGGGCAAUAUUGUUAUAUUAUUCAGCCUGUUAACACUACUUUGGAGUUUAGGGUUUGCUCUUGAUUGUAGAUUGGCCUAGAAUUGCAUUCUGAAUUAAUAAAGGUUAAAAAA